AACAUUUUGGAGUGUUGUUGAGUGUUGUGAGAGAGCGCGGGGAGGAUGGCGGCGGUGGUGGAGCUGCUGGUGGCGGGCACCCUCUCUCCUCACCAGCUGGUCCUCUGGCUCCAUGGUCACCCUGGGAGCGGAGAAUUAGAAGAUUUGUCACCUUUAAGAGUGGAAUUUGUACCAGUUUUCCUCAACUUCCUUCGUGAUCAGUCGAGCGGUGUGUUACAAGUCAACUUUCACUCUGGUACAACCCCUACCAAGCUUCCAAGCUCAGUUCGUGCAACUAAGUACAUUUCUCCCGGCAAGAACCCCAGCCUCCGCAUGCACACACGAAAGCCCUCCGUGUCCAAGGGGAAAACAUUACAGUUCUUUGAUACUGACAUAAAGAAUACUUCAUCAAAUGUUCAAGAUGUACACUCCUUGGAUGUGGACCAGCUAAUCCUUGAGUCGAGUUCUGCCCUCACUGCUUCUGUUGUCAACACAAGUCCCCCAGCCACAGCCCAAUCCAGCACCUCCAUUUCUAGUCCCAGUUGCCGCAGUAACCCGAGACAAGGAAGAUACACAUCAACGCCUCGUCGUAACGGGCAGGGCAUCAGUCCAAAGUUUGACACUCCUACACUUUCACCUCCUGAACGACAUCACCGUGGAAAGUGGCAGAGCUUGGAUGGAGGGGAUCAUGGGGGUAAAUGGGGCCAUAGUAAUGAGAUAAAGCACAGUGAACAGAGACUCAGUCUGGGUGACUUUAUCACAACCGAUGUAAAGUUUAGCAAUAAAAAGAAGAGUCCGUUGCCCAAGGAAAAAAAUAGCUCGCCUGUUCGACGAGCAAGUGGGGGAUGGUCACUUCGUCAUCAAGAGAUGCCUAAAAUCUUAGAUAUCAGUGAUGAGGAAGCUUUUCCAGUGGUUGGCAGCACUCCAGUUCAGGAUAGACAGCAGAAACGUAGAAUUAACCCGACACGAAUUAUGGCCAGUUCUGUACGUCAGCUGAACAGAACUUUUCCCUUUUCUCAGAGUUCCAAGGCAGUGUUUGGCAUUCCACAGAGUCAGUCACCGAGUGAUUCAUUCAUGGCUAGUGAAGAAGGUGACAACAAAAGUAUGGAGAAAGAACGCGAGUUGCUGCGACAAGAAAGACUCCGAUGGACAGAAGCUAGUAAAGAUGCAAGUAGCAGUGGAAAAGUGAACAAAUGUAGAGAGUCGCCUACAGGUCAGGUUUUGCCGAGAUUGCCUGAUAAGGCGAGUAACUAUGUCCAAGCUUCUCCUGAUCUUGUCAGUAACAGGAAUUGUCUCGAUAUUCUUAGUGAAGUAUAUGCUGAACUUAUAUUAUAUAAUAUGGCACCUAGUGUUAUGGUGGAAUUACACUAUCUGAUACAGUUGCUGACAGUACGAGUGAUCGUUGGUUCACAACCGGAAAAUAAUGAAAACUUGGACAAAUUCUACCUUGGCACCACUCAUAAUUGCGUUUAUUUUGCUACGAAUGUGCUUUUAUUGAUAGCAGAACUUUUAAAGCUUUUAGACAAGGGAACACUCCGACUUUUAUCAGAAAAUCCACGCAUUCAGCAUUUUGCGGGUGACUUUCAGAGAAAUCUGGUGUCAUUUCUCGAAAAUCCUCCACCAUCACUUACGCUAAAUCUUGCACCCAAGUCGCCUAUUGGAGGAGUGUCGUUUCAGAUGGACACUGACAACAGAAACAAUUUCCCCAGUGAUCAAGCAUUUCAUGUUUUCCGGAAGCAGAGGGAUAUGUUUUACGAGAUGCUCCGAAUUUGGGAAGAGAACCACCUCACUUGUGGCUGGUCGUACGGACAAGGUCUUGGGCCAAGGAUUCGGCAGUUGUUGUCUCUUCGUCCAAACUCUGCAAACUUUGCACAUUUUGCCCGUCUCUUCCAGUCGCAGCUGCUCAACAUGUGUCAGGGUGACAAUGACCAGUCCCACUGGCAGCACGAUGCUGAAGACUUGGGCUUCCUCACACUCCUCAAAAAGCAGCAUCCAGAGAAAUACAAGCGACUGUACGAGCGUCUUGUGACUCCUUCCAAACUCGGGGGCCCGUGUCCCCCUCCCUCCUUCCCGGGGUCGCAAGAGUUCUUCCGAGACUUCAUCGUAACGGCAUCGAACUUUGUUUUUAACCAACAUCUGAAGGAUGUGUUUAUCAGUCAUAUCCUGAUGCUUAACGAACGAGAGUUCGUCGUUACGGAGCCGGAGGAUGGAGACUGUAUUGACAGUGCAGUUUAUGGGGAAGCCCGAUCUGUUGUGCAGAAUCUUCGCAUCUUGGCCAAAUUCUUGGGUUUCAUAGAAUUUCUUCCAUAUCAAACUUUGGAACAUAUCCCAGAAAGUGUCAUGGCAACUCAUAUUUCUCUACGGAGUAAGGUAUGUCCUGCGUUAAAUGUGUGUGCUGCGUUAAGAGAGAGUGCCGUAUCUGGUCAGCUGGUGGUUGCUGUAACAUGGGUGGUGGAGUUGCUCAGUAUGGUUGAUCCUGUGGCCUUACAUUCCCGACACUAUCUCACAGUAGUCGUCACACUUAUAGCUAUAUUCAAGCUUCUCUAUGUUGUGAGACCAGAGAACUCUGCUGGGUGUCCAAGCUGUGCUUCUCAGGUCCCUGUGAGAAGUUUCUCACCUUUAAAUAGUCUUCUUUUGAAGCUACUCCUUGGCUGGCUAUUUGAUCUGCCAAACUUCCCCGAUGGGUUGUUCUUUGUUGAUGUGGGAGAAGCAGAUAUUGAUCAUAUGGAGUAUAGCAAAACUCUACAAGUUCUUAAUGACAAUUACAAGUACCUGUGCCUUCCUUGUUUAAGGAUGCUGUUAAUUCCCUCUCAUAAAGAGCUGAACAAAAGUAUGCUGGUUGAUGCAAAAUCUAGACAGAGGGAGACGUCUCCCGUUAGAUGUCUUUCCCCUAUAAAAGGCACGGCACAAGCGCUCGCAAAAACGCUUUCAAAACAAUUAUUACAAGGACCAUUGUCACCAGCUAAAACUCCCUCCAAGUUCUUGUUGGUGAGCAUGCUGGAGAGUCCGCUGGUGACGCCCCAGAAAGCAACCGACACCCACAUUGUGGACCGACGCAUGUAUCGUCUAGAUACAAUAGAUUUUGUUGACCAUCAGAUGAUUACAAUCUGCUGUCCAUUUAUAAGUGAACUGAAGAAUUUGUUGAGUGAUUACUGGCUGGGCGUGAGCUGCAACAAUGCAAAUAGUUAUCGGAAAAUAACUCCACUUUCUGCCUGUGACAGAACAUCUUCGACUCAAUCACAGCUGCAGCUCCAGCUACAAUUAGAAGACAACUUCUUCCACAACCAACACUCAUCAGUUCGCAAAACUACCGACUUCAUCAUCGAACGCGUAUCUUCAAAUGUCAUCAAGAAUAUUCGCACCAAGAUCAUCCCGGAACAACGAGAAUCUGCUUUAGAAAAGUUAAAAGAAGUUAUUGAGGAUCGGAUGCAGAAUAACCCUUUGUGUGUGGAGCGUACAAGAGAUACCGUACAAAAGCGUCUAGUGGAACUGAGUCAGGAGAUGACCAUGCAGAUGAAGACUCGGUGCUUCCAACUAGCUCAGCAACAGUGCACAGAGCAGAUCCUCCCAGCUUUUUCAUUACUUCUUCCCGAGGAUAUCUCCCCGCAGGGAGUGGAGGCGUGUCGAAGGUUGGUGAGUCGUUGUAGCCAGGAGAAAGUGGCUUCGUGGGUGCAGUCUCACCUCACUCCUGCACUCUUCUCCAAGGACCUCGCAGCAGAUAGUGAUCGUCUUCUUCGUCAGGCUCAGAAAGUGGCAGAUAUACAAGCUACAGCAUUGCAGGCCUCCUUGAGCGAUGCAUCACAGACCAACCUCGACUCCUCAGACGUGUCGGGAUCCUUGGGGCCUGAAAACUCUCUUCCAAGUCUCUCAUCACUUUCACUCAUUGAUUAUUCUUUGAAUUCUUCAACAAAUCAGCCAAGCCAAAUAAGAAUUAUACCCAAGAAGGCUGUUAGUUGCAACGAGUGCUUGCCAGCACCUGCCGUGGAGCACGACGAGACGGUACCAGCACCGUCCCAAGUCCUAACUUCUCUCAAGGACAUGGUACGUACUGUAACGAUUACACCCGCAGCACAUUUAUUGAACACAAUUGGUGAGCAACAAAUAUGGACAGUAUUGGAGGAUGUCCGCAGGACUGUUGCAAAACGACAAGAUGUAACGCUAGCGGUUUUUCGAGCGUUUGAAAUUCUUACAGUGGACUUGGCUGUAGCUGUAGCUGCUUGUGUUCCCAAACUGAUGAAGUCAGAGAUUCAGAAGAUGUUCGUGUCUUUAUGGAGGCCAUUGAAAGAGAAGGGCGUGAUACCGAAGCCAGGAUGCCUGGCUUCUGUCCUGUGUCCCCGUACAGUCAUGCUAGUUGCUCAGAACCCUCGGGCCAACCACCAGAAAUUAGCCUGGGGGCGGAUGGAAGAAUUCAUCUCUUUGCUGAUAUCUAGCGAGCUUCUGUCUCCUGCAAGUGUCCUGGAUCAAUGUGUUGCUCUUCUGAGACACAGUUGGCCACAGGAAAUACUUUCCGGAAUAUCUUCGUGCAUCAAGGGAAUCUCUCAAACAACUCUGAAAGAGAAGGGUUUUAAAGAUGACGCCACUCUCCUGCAGAUGCUUGAUUGGGUUGGGUGGGCAUGUGAGCAGAUGGAUGACUUUACAGAAGAUAUUUAGUAAAAUAAUGAGAAUGGUCUUUUCACUUGCUGUGAUAAGAACUAUUACUCUCAUGUAAUAGAAAACUAUCAUUCUCAUCACUAUGUGGUGAGAAAUAGUACUAUUGUGAUAGUACUAUUUUUAGCAAUACUGUACAGUAUAUAUAUAUAUUUGCCUUAGUUAUACCUUCAUUUUAUGGAAAACGUGCAUUACAUUUCAGCGUACAGUAAUGUAUAUUUCUGGUAAUACUGUAUUAAAAUACAUAAGAAUAGCCUUUUAUAUGACCAUGU